UAGUUUAGUUACCGUUUGACAAACAUUAAUAAAUUUCAAGAAAGGAGAAAAUAAAUUAAAAAUGGAAAAGUUUUUAAUAAAAAUAUCAAAAACCCAAACAAAACAACCACCACCAAAAGAUUCAGAAGCUCCUCCACCACCAUCGCUUCCAUCGGUAAAUACAGAAAAACCGUCUAGCUCAAGGUCAACAGAAGUAUUAACGGAAGAUGUCACCAACACAACAUCUUCUGCAGUAAAAAGAAAGGAUCCAGAUCCAGCAAACACCAAAGCAAGCAAAAAGAGGGUAAGAAAAUUUCGGAACGCCUGGCUCGAAAGUUUUGAUUGGAUAGAGGAAGGAGUUGGACCUAAUAAUACCACAAGACCCUUCUGCAAAAUAUGCAAGAUUAAUCUGCCAAAUAAUUACUCACACCUGGAGAGACAUCAAGAUUCCCAACAACACACAAAGCUGAAACAAUCGUUAAUGAAACAGCCACUGAUCGAUAAUAUCCAACAUACAAAAAAUUUCAAGACCAAAACAAAUAAAAUUAAAACAGCAGAAUUGCGAGUUAUAAUGUUUUUAAUUCAAUAUAAUCUCGCAAUUUCGUUGAUAUCACCAAUCAUUGAUUUGAUAAAAGCUGCGGCUUCCGACUCCGAAAUAGCUAAAAGUCUUAAAUGUGGAAACAACACGAUUCUUAAUGAAGAAGGACUGGAAGAAAUUGGUAAAAUUAUUCGAAACCAACCAUUUUCAUUAAUAAUCGAUGAAACCACGGACGUCAGCACAACCAAAUGCUUAGUUUUAAUUGUAAGGUAUUUCGAUUUUGUUCCGCAUCUUUAUGUAAUGGGAUGCAUUUGCCACUCAUUGCAUUUGUGUUUCUCGGCAGCUUCCAAAAAACUUCCCUCCCAUCUUGAGGCCCUAACCAGAAAUAUAUAUUCUUUUUUUGCGCAUAGUCCUAAGCGAAAACUGGAACUGGAAGAGUUUCAAAAAUAUUUUUCAGUUGAGGUGCACAAAAUUCUUAAGAUGUCUUCAACUAGGUGGCUUUCGUUGGAAAACGUUAUUUCAAGAAUUCUUGAACAAUGGGUUCCACUGCAACAUUUCUUUAUUUCUUAUGAGUUAGAAAGCAAUAUGGAUUUGGCACAUAAUAUCUGUUCAGAGAUCACAGAAAUAAAUAAAACAUAUUUAAGUUUCUUGGGUUACGUUUUGAAUAUAACAAAUAAAAUAAACAUUGAAUUUCAAGCAGAAGCCCCAAAAAUACCCACCAUUUAUAGAUGA